AUGACUGUACAUGACCUGUUGAUCAUACCAGAGAUUCAAGAAGUUCUGAAACGGGGCGUGUCUGAAGAACAGCCCGUGCUUGAUGCACUGAGCAUGUACAGCUACGAUAGCAGCACAAGUGCUUCCACUUACGAUAAGGUUGCAGACUCGAUGUCAGAAGAUGCCGAAGAAAACAUGCAAUGGGAGCAGCACGGUGGAGGUGGUUGCUAUCAGUUGCACUCGCCAGUCUCACUCGUCGUCAGUCCAGCAGCCGAAUCGGACGUGACCAAGAAACAUGAACCAAGGAUGCCAGAAACCAAGCUUGAUCGAUCUUACAAACCCGCGGACAAGACAGUGCAAGCAAUCUGUGCUGCUGAGCUUCGCGACCUUAGCCGCGAGGCUCAAGUGCGAACGGCCUCAUUUCAGCGAAGCAAGCAGGACAAAGAAACAGCAUCUCACCAACACCACCAGAUCCAGGAACUCCAGUCGGAGCUGUUCCAGCUGCUUCAAACCGAAGCUCAGCUCGUAGAGUACGAGCAGCGCUCGGUGGAUUCCAUCGAGGCGGAGCUCCAGAUGUGCAAAGAAGAGAUUGCGCGUCUCUCCGGGCAAGUGCAGGAAGCAACUCAAAAAGAACUCGACUGGGUAGCAAAGCUCGUUGAUUCAUGCCGCGUUUGA